AUGUCCACAAAUUACGGUAAGUUGAAAAGUCGUGUGAACCGUUAUGAUAUGAACGGUUCAUAUAAUUUCAAUGAGCAAAAGGUUUCUAAUAAGGCCAUAGGGAAUCAUGCCAAUAGCGAUUUGAAGAGUAGCUAUAGGGCGGAGGAUGGUGGGAAUGGCGGAAGUGUUGGUUGUAGUAGUGGAAAUGCCAAUGGAAACAGCAAUAAUAACAGUAACAAAAACGCGAACAUUAGUAGUACUAAUAAAAACCAUGGUAAUAAUAAUGAUAGCAGUAAAGGUCAUAACAGCAGUAACAGCCUUAACAAUAGUAACAACCUUAACAAUAGUAACAGCCUUAACAAUAGUAACAGCUUUAACAACAGUAACAGCAACAAUCCUGCACAUGGUCAUGCGAACAGCACAAGUGCCAACAACUGCUACACACAUAAUUUAAAAUACAAUAAUAAAAAUUCGUAUUUAUAUGACUACAAUUCGUAUUACCAAAAAAAAGUUUACGAAUACAAAAAUAAAUUUAAAGGUAGCAUUACCAAUAACAGCAUUACCAAUAAUAGUAGUAAGAGUAACAAUAAUAACGGUAGUGGAAGUAAGGCUGUUCAUACUUCAUCAGCCAUAGAUGGUAGGAAUAACUUGUCGUCUAUCCAUAAUUCUGUAAGCAUACCUAACAAAAUAAUAAAAGAUGUAGGGGGGAAUAAGUAUAAAGAGGAUCACAAAGAGGAGUAUAUAGAGGAACACAAAGAAAUAUACGUAGGUAAAACAAACAAUAGCAAUGUUAGUGGCAAUAAUGUAGGAGGAAGUGAAAAAAAUGACGAAGAUGAUAAACUAAAUGAAGAAAUGAGUCUUUUGAGAGAAAAAAUAUGUUUUAAAAUGUUAAAGAGUAUAGACAUAUACAUUACUGAGAUAAUUAUGAAAUCAUGUUUUGUUACUGUUUAUAAAAUGAAAGAAGAUGAAUUAAAAUGGACAAGGGCAGAUGUUGAAGGAUUCCUGUACAUUGUCAGGAGAUCCAUAACACCUACAUAUAGAUUAAUUAUAACAAAUAAAAAAAAUGAAAACCAUUUAUUACAAGAUAUUAAUUCAAACAUAAAUUUAUCAACAGAUCAAAAUUACAUAUUUUAUAGAACCAUAAAUGAAGAAAAGAAGUCAAAAAGUAUUUACAGUUUAUGGUUUUACAGUACUGAGGAGAAGGAAAAAAUAUAUAGCGUGUUAAAAAAGCUAGUUGAAAAGGCUCGUGUAGAAAAUAGAAAAAACAUUAAUAGUAGUAGUGGUAUUGGUAUUACUACUGGUAAUGGUAUUACUGCUGGUAAUGGUAUUCCUACUACUAAUGGUAUUCCUACUACUAAUGGUAUUCCUACUACUAAUGGUAUUCCUACUACUAAUGCAGAUAAUAAUUGCAUGAAUAGAAAUAUGCAUAUUGAUUAUACAAAAAGUGUAAAUUUAAUAUUAUCAAAAAGUUGUGGUAAUGUUGUUAAAGAGUGUUGUUCCUCAUCGUCCAUAGGAAUAGAAAAAAUAGAUGAUGAUUCUUUUAAUAAUGUUAGUACUCAUUAUGAGAAGAAGGACGAGGAUUUGCAUAAGGGUAGUAACAAUGAGGUAGAUGAUUACAGCUGUAACGAUGGGCAUAUUGGAAUAAAUAGUAAAAACAAUAUUAUAAGGAAUUACGGUGGAAUUAUUAGUGAAACGAGGGGAGAGAGAGUCCUUACCAAAAUUAGAGGUAACGAAGAAAAUGAUAAUAAUAACAUGCAAAAGAAGAGCAAGUCAAAAAAGAUAGCUCCUCUAAUAACAGACAGUACAAAGACUGAGCACGAACAUAAUUCUGAGUUCAAAGCGGAUAAGCAGCGCGAUGUAAAUGGUGGUAAAAGUGUAGGUAGCUGCAACAAUAUGAGCAACAACAGUAGCAACGUGGACGCCUACGAAAGCUACAUGAAAAAUGUGCACAACGUUAGUAUCAGCGUCAAUGAUAAUGGAGAUGGCUGUGGUGGUAAUGAUGAAGAUAAUGGUAACGGUGUUGUACAUAUUAAGAAGAAAACAUUGGAUGAAAUGGAAAAUGUAAGUAACAACGAUUACUUAAAAAGAUUAAAUCAAGAAAACCAUUUAGAAUAUGGUGAUAAGGCGGGGAAGAAUUUGCUCUACCUAAUUAAGGGUUUGUCAUUAGAACAGGAAAAGGAUCAGCAGGGUAAGAAUUUUUUUUCCAAUGAUGAUUAUUAUGAAAAUAGUCAUAGAAAUAAUUCAAUUGGUGGUAUAGUUAAAAAUGCCGUAGCAGAAGAAAAGAGCAAUUUUUCAUAUAAGGACAUUAGCGCAAAAUCGGGGGGUGAAGCCAUUAUGAGUUUAUUAGGGUUAAGUAAGAAUAAUGAUUUUAAAGAAGAGGAUGAGGAAAAGAAAAAAAAGAAAAAAAAGAAGAAUAUUCAUAGUAGCAGCGUUGUUGGAGGCACCGUUAUAGAAUCAGGAGCAGGAACAGGAGCAGUAGGAUGUUGUGGUGCAAAUCAUUACAUAAAUAACGCUGGCAUUG